CAGCCAAACUGCUGAACUAAAGCUGUAAAGCCUAGCUUAAAAGCCAAACGCAAACUUCAAACUUGAGAGAGAACGGAGAAGGUCGAUCAUGGCAGCUCGCAAGAGACCCUCAGCUACAAAUUCAACAACGACAACAGACGCCUCAAAACCUGAACCCACAACAACCCCAGAACCACUCCCUCCAAAGACCGAUGACCCACCGAUUGCUCCGCCCAAAUCGGGUUUAAUUCUUAAGCUUUUUUUGAUAUUAUCAUUGCCUUACUUUUACCUCAUUUUUUAUCACUAUCAGAUUGAAUCUGAGCUCCGGAGAUCCAUUCUAAUUAAUGCUGGACUCAGUCUUGCCGGCUUCUUUGUUACCCAGAGGAUGAUUCCCGUUGCUUCUAGAUACGUUUUGCGAAGGAACUUGUUUGGUUUUGAUAUCAACAAGAAGGGCACCCCGCAAGGCACUGUUAAAGUGCCUGAAUCAUUGGGUAUUGUUGUUGGGAUUGUAUUCAUGGUCUUAGCCAUAUUGUUUCAGUAUUUUAACUUUACAGCGGACUCAAAUUGGCUCGUUGAGUACAAUGCAGCCUUGGCAUCCAUCUGCUUCAUGCUUUUGCUUGGAUUUGUAGAUGAUGUCCUUGAUGUACCUUGGAGAGUGAAACUAAUACUGCCGUCAUUUGCUGCUCUUCCCUUGUUGAUGGCAUAUGCUGGACAUACCACUAUUAUUAUACCAAAGCCUCUUGUUCCUUAUGUUGGCUUCAAGAUUUUGGAUCUAGGAUGGAUAUAUAAACUAUAUAUGGGGCUUUUGACAGUUUUUUGUACAAACUCCAUUAAUAUUCAUGCUGGUUUGAAUGGCCUUGAAGUGGGGCAAACUGUUGUGAUUGCAUCUGCUAUUUUGAUUCAUAAUAUUAUGCAAAUUGGAGCUUCUGUGGAUCCUGAGUAUAAACAGGCACAUGCAUUCUCUAUUUAUCUGGUUCAACCCUUAUUGGCCACAUCAUUGGCUUUGUUUUCUUACAACUGGUAUCCUUCUUCAGUUUUUGUUGGAGACACUUAUACGUACUUUGCUGGUAUGGCUAUGGCUGUAAUUGGGAUUCUAGCUCAUUUCAGCGAGACACUGCUGAUUUUCUUUGCCCCUCAAGUGAUAAACUUUCUCUUGUCAGUCCCCCAGCUUUUUGGCUUUGUAAAAUGCCCACGGCAUCGUUUGCCCAGGUUUGAUCCGCAGACUGGAUUGUUGACUGGGACAAAUGACGGCACUCUUGUUAACUUUUUCUUAAGAAUGUUUGGAAAGAUGUCAGAAAAUAAACUUUGUGCGGCACUUCUUGCUUUCCAGGCAAUUGCAUGCGGCCUGUGUUUUGUGCUGAGGUACUUGCUCACUGGUUGGUACAAAUGAGGCUGAGAAAGUGGUUUAGUGUCCAACACAUUAUCUUGUUGUCAUAGAUUCUAAGUUUUACUUAACAAAGAUUGAGAAUGUUGUAGCAUAUCAUACGAGUCUUUGGUGUACAAGGAAGAGUAUUUUAACUAUCUAUUCACAUCCCAACUACAUUUUUUGGGCAUUUUGAUACCCACAGAGAUGUGGCUAAUGCAACAUACAAUGCUUUCCUUUGCUUGGACAAGUCAAAUCACAUUCUUUUCAUCCUCUA